UGGCCCCCAUACGACCCGCGUGACCCACCCUUCCCCUCCAGUCAGAAGCGGUAUAUAGGCUGCCUUAAUCUCGACAUCAACUCUUCUUGAUAUAUACUUCAUGCCCUGAUCGCUCAAUCCGCCUUCCCCUCUUCCAGCCAUUCCUUUCAUUUCUUUUUCAUUCCAUCGUACGCAUUCUAUAUAAUAGUAAAAAUGCCGUAAUCUGGCUCGUGCAACGCCGUGCGUCUGUCCGCAUUCCGCGACUCAGGCGAUCUUGCGUUACAUGAUGAAUAAGCCCUGAGCCUCAAACCUCAACGCGUAUCGAUUGCCAUUCAGCCUUUUCAAACCCCCAUCUCCAUCUAUUUUUUCGACGACGUAUCACGUCCUCCAUUGUUUUGUUUUGGAACCCUAGGUCAACGGUCCAAACGAAGAUGCUCCCUCUGGACUAGCGAGCCGUGCAAUGGGCCAGCGGAUGCGGGGAUGGCAUCUUUAUAACCAUCAUGCUACACGGCAAACGUUUUCGCGUAUCUCUACUCCCCCCUUCCUCCCCCGAUACCAUUGAAGGGCCUCUCAUACCAAGAUUCGAUUCGAUCCCACAUGAAGAUGAAGAACGAUCUUUCGCCAUUCAACGCGAAAUCGAGUUACUUGUCUAUGAAGCUGGAGGACCGAUCUGGACUCGACUAGCUCCUCCCACUCCCAACGAGCCAGAGCCUUCGGAUUUGCACUCUCAUCUGUACCCGGAGACCUUCGCCUUCCGCUUCGUUACUAAGGAUGGGAAAGCGGAAUUGAUACCGGACCAAAUAGAAGGAGAACCCGACCACCACCAUCCUUCCGGUAAAAGAAUUGUUGACGAUAUAGGAUUACCUCAAUAUUCUUCCAAAGACAUCCGUGUACUCGAAAUCAUCACUGGGCAGGGGGAUAUCACCAAAGUCUGGGUAGGAGGAACAGAGAUGUGUUGCAAGAGCGGCGAGGAGGCUUUCUUCAAGGGCAUUGAACGCGAAUUCGACUGUCUUCGUACGGUAGCGAGAUCGCACCUCGCUGAUUCGAUUCGAGUACCCAAACUUCUUGGUCUAGUCACGUUGGCGGAGACGGAGGAGAUUAUUGGUAUUCUGGAAGAAUACAUUCCUACGGGGAAUCCAUAUACCCUAGGACAUCUGGAGGACAAAGAGGGGUCACAGGAUGGGGCAGAGGAUGAGGGAAUGGAGGAUAAGGAAAUAGAGGCUUCGACGGAAAGAAGGAAGAAGUGGGGGGCUCAAGUCCGGGAGACGGUUGAUUCACUUCAUGAAAUCGGGGUUAUAUGGGGAGAUGGAAAGCCGCACAACGUGCUCAUACACCAGGAAACGGAUGAUGCAUGGGUGGUUGAUUUUGGGGGUGGUUAUACACGUAAUUGGGUCGACGAGGAGUUGAUGGAAUCUCUGCAAGGUGAUGAGCAGGCAGUUGGCAAGAUUCUCGAGUUCUUGGGAGCUCAAUGAGACUUAUGGGGAAUGACAGCCCUGUCGUACACGGGUGCCGCGAUGGUUCCUUCGGCUAUGAUCUUUACUACGACAUAGAAAUUAGGUCAGAUUAUCGGAAGGCCCUCUUCCACGAAAAGAUACCAGGUGGGA